AUGCCUGCCGUCAUAUCUAACAUCCUUGCCAUUCUGGCCGCCUCGGCCGCCGUGUCUAUGGCUCUCCCUUCUCCUCAAGCGGCGACAGACGACACCUCGGGCCUUGCGCCAUUGCACAUGGAAGUGCAGUGCGGGUGCUGGAACCUGUGCACGCUGGAAGCCUUGGGGGACACUUCCAUUACCGGCUGUGAUUCUACUUGUGAUCCCCAGUUUCUCUGCGAAACCAUCGACGCACUGAGCGGAGGGCCGACCACGAUAGCCGCAGCGGCAACCACCCCUUCGGCGUCCGCUUCGGCUUCAGCUUCAACCACAGCUUUAGCCAGACGUGAGAGACCCCGCAACGGCGCACCUCUGCCAUUCAACCCCUUCGGACCCGGCGGCGAGUUGGAAACACUCUCAGAGUCGCAGCGAUCCAAAGCCAAAGCCAAGCGGGAUGUAGUGCAGCGAAUGAACCGACCCAUCAUCGACCCCUGCCCUCAAGGUGUCGUCUGUGAGGCCGUCGCCAAACGCGAGCCCGAGCCCGAGCCCGAGCCAGAGGCACUCCCCCUUCCACCCAUCGACCCUUUUGGCUGCCCGCACGGGCCGCUUCACUGCCCUCUCCCCGUGGGCGACGCGUGGAAACGUGCCGCUGCCGCCGCCGCCGCCCGUGACAUUGGUGGGUUCGAGUUCGAGAAGCGCCGGAUCAAUUGGGACUUGACUGUCAAGGGGUCGUGCAAUGGGGGCGGAUGUGGUGGCGAGGUGAGCGUUACCAUACACUUUUGA